GAAACUCUGACCCAGCCAGAUUUCACUUGACGGACUCAGGACAAAACGUUACUUUAGUCCACCAAACGGACACCCCUUCACUUUUUCCUUUCUCCCUCUCUCCCUCUCUCCUUCUCCCUCUCCCUAACCAGCCCUCCCCACUCACGCUGAAGCUUCAUUUUUAAAUAUCCUCCCCCCUCCUCCCUUCCUCUGCAUACAAGUACAGUACGGUACUCCCCACCACCCCUUUCUGGUAACAGCUUCUUUCUCUCCUUUACUUCCUCUCACUUUUGGUUCAACCCGCUUCCCCCCCCCCCACCCUCUCUCUCUCGCUGCUGCACAACUCUCGGAUCUUUCUCGCUAGACUUCACACCGCAAAGGGCGGAAGGGCUUCAAGGCUAUUCAUUACCGUUGGACUUUCCUUAAUUAAUCCACUCUUUUCAACCUUUUCAUCAUGUCUUCCGCAGCCAUCUUCAUCCCUAACAGGCCUGGCGACUCCUCACCAUCCUCCUCUACUUCGUCUGAGGCUCCGUCGCCAUCUGCUUCUCCUGCUUCACCUCCGGCUGGAGCGUCUGGAUCUCCGCCCCCAUCGAGACUUCCUUCCUCUUCCUCCAUAUAUCAUAGACGACGACCAUCACUGCUAAGCUCCUCGGUUAGCCGGGUCGAGCAUUCGGUUUUUGAUCUGGGAAUCCGGGAUGGUUCACCAAGACUGAUAACCUGCGUUAAAGCUUCCCAGGGCUUCGACUGGAAUCAAGACAUCUUUCUACCCUCGUCGUCGGAAAUCACAAUCCAUAAUGGAAUUCAAAAGCCCGAGACAGUUCAUGAGAUUAUCCUCUCGGAGGAUGAGAGCUUCCUUCCGUCCUAAUUGCGAUUAGCGUUGCAUGGUGCGGGCGUUUUUGUCAUCAUCAUCCAUCAUCCAUCCAUCAUCGUUUUUGGCAUGACAAGUAUUGGUCAAAAGGGACGGUUCGGCGAUUACUUCUGCUACUACUACGACUACUACUAUACGUACAACUACUACUACUUUCCGGGAUAGGGGCGUUUUGCGCGAGACCUUUCUUUUUCCUUCCCAUUUUGACACUUUUCUGCACUUCUCUUUUUGUUUUUGUUUUUGUGUUUUCAAUACCUGGAUCUUCCGGGUUUUGCGCACUCACAACAAGAUAGGAUCUUGGAUGUGGUUUCCUUUUAAACGAAGAUACAUUGUCAGUAAUGGAGUUUUGAUUUUAUUUUCGUUUAUCCUUACACCUUUCUUUUUGGGUUGGGGUUUAUUGAAUGGGGUGGGUGAGUACUUGUACGGUCAUGCUUGCACGGGGAACAGAUGGAUGGGCGGAUGAGGGUCUCGGAGGCUGCUGGGUGGGCUGGCUUGUGUCGAUGUGGGGAAGUACAGUAGGGAUUCUAUUUGCAGCGUGGUAAAUAGCUCGGUCUGGUCUGGUCUGGCAAAGUCUCGUGUACUAUGCUACGAUGUGGCCUGGAUAUGAGCACACGGGUGGAGGGUGUUUUUUGUGUUUUUUUGUUCUGUUCUCAUUUGAUUUCAGUGUUGCGCCUGCCUUUCAGUUGCAUUUUCCUUCGAAUGUUUUGUUUCCCUUUUUUUCUACCGUUGCUCCCCCUUGUUGAUCGAACUCUAUUCUUACCCUUUUUCUUCCCCUUGCGCGCGGUUGCUCUCUCCUCCUCACCCCCCCCCCCCCUUCACUCUUAAGACCUGUGUGUAUGUACUGGUGGUUGUUUUUUCCAGAUUCCCCGAGUGUUUUCUCCCCUUCUUUUCCAUGUGUACGAAAAGCAUUGCAUAAUGCGAUAACUGGCAAUCGGAAAUUGUUUAUUAGUUUUUU